GGCAGCACUUUUCUUAUUCAAUAAAUAAGUACAUUCUCAUGAAAAACAGUACCAAACAGUUCAACAUUGGACCUAGACCAAUUCAGAUGAAUAAAUGUUUGACCCAAAGCCAAGUCCUCCAGGAGAUGGUGCAUAUUUUUUUUCCAAAUGGGAAAAACUUUAAAGGAAAACUCCACAGGAUGGAGUAUUUCCUGGGUAACUAUAAGGGCGAAGAGGCAGCCUUCACACAGUUGGUAGAAUAUGGUAAAGAUAAACCUCACUUAUAUUUACACACAAAAGAAAAGAUACCUAAAUUUGAGGUCCAAUCUUGUUCUGACAGUCAAGACAGUGAUAUAGAACUACCAGCACUGUCAACUUCAAGGAACUCGCCUCAAAAUGCCACUCCAUCUUCGUCGCAAACUUACCAAUUGCAAUAUACCACUAUGGCCACACCAGCAAGAAACCAAUAUACCACUAUGACCCCACCAGCAAGUAACCAAUAUACCACUAUGACCCCACCAGCAAGUAACCAAUAUAACACUAUGACCCCACCAGUAAGUAACCAAUAUAACACGUUGACCACGCCAGCCAGUACACACGUCUCUCCUGCAGACUGGAUACAGCUAGAUACACCAACUGUCAGCGUAUCGGAAGACUUCAUGCACAGGUCAAUUACCGCACAUGAUGAUAAUUCACAAAGGUGCACAGUGUGUGUGGAUCGACCAAAAACUGCAGUUAUAAUACCAUGUGGUCAUACAUUUUGUAUGGCAUGUGCUACACAGAUUGAGGCAUUAGACCAGCCUUGUCCGGUAUGCAGAACAGCCAUUCAAGAUGUAAAUCAGUGUUUUCCUUAAAAGAGGAUUAUAGACAUAAUGAACAUGUAUGAUGAUAUGAGAUUUGUUUUUGUAUUUUUUCAUGGUAGUAUAAAUGAUGGCUGUGAAGUAGUUCUGUCAUUUUUGGAUAACUUUUGUUCAGACAGUUUGCACCAUUCCAUAGUUGAAGGUCAUGAUAGAAAUUUUACCUGAUUUGACGACAACUCUAUCUACAUAUACUUAAAUGUUUACAAUGGUUUUAUGUCAGACAUGCAUUUGAGCUGUUGCACUUUUUAGUCUGUUUUGUGCAACUGUCAUUUAUUUAUGAAUGAAUAUAAAUAAGAUAAGUGUAUCAUUUUAUAAAAUCCAUAAUUGACAUGCUUCCAUUUAUUGAUCAGAUCAAACAACUUGUUCUGUUGUUAUGAGUCUA